AUGCUUCUCCCCAAAGGUGGUGUUUCGUGGAAGUCUGCAAAAUCAUCACUUCCCCCCACCAGGGCGAUAUGGCUCUUCAUCACGAGAACACGGUUCCUCGUCUUCGUUGCCCUGAUAGGCACCAUAUUACUGCUAUGGCGUGGCAUACGGACAUCGGCCAAUGAUCUGCAAAGUUUCUACUGCUGGGGUCCCUCCAAACCGCCCAUGGAGAUGUCGCUCAAUGAACAUCAAGCGUGGCAUGCCCACCUCCAGACACCCGUCAUUUUCAACCACCACGCUCCGAUCAAGGUCAACUCGUCUUCGAUAGAACAUGUCAACCUCAACAAACUCACCACCACCCCUCAGGCUGUGCAGAACGAGGAGCGCAUCCUCAUCCUGACGCCUCUCAAGGAUGCUGCCCCGUACCUGUCCAAAUACUUCGAGCUUGUGGCCGAGCUUACCUACCCGCACCAUCUGAUCGAUCUCGCCUUCCUGGUCGGCGACUCGAAGGACGACACGCUCGGUGUUCUGGCCAUGGAGCUGGACCGGAUCCAGAAGCGUCCUGACAAGAUUCCUUUCAACUCGGCCAUGGUUGUCGAAAAGGACUUUGGCUUCAAGCUUUCUCAGAACGUCGAAGACAGGCACGGUUUCGAGGCUCAAGGUCCCCGCCGAAAGGCCAUGGGCAAGGCCAGAAACUUCCUCCUCUCCGCCGCCCUCAAGCCAGAGCACUCCUGGGUCUAUUGGCGUGAUGUAGAUAUUGUGGACAGCCCAAGCAAGAUCCUCGAGGAUCUCGUGUCGCAUGACAGGGACAUCAUUGUGCCGAACAUCUGGUUCCACCGAUACGAGAAUGGAGUCGACAUUGAGGGCAGAUUCGACUACAACUCUUGGGUCGAAUCGGACAAGGGUCGGAGACUUGCUGCUAGCUUGGACAAGGACGUCGUCCUGGCUGAAGGUUAUUCCCAAUAUGACACUGGAAGAACGUAUAUGUGCAGACUGGGAGACUGGCGCAACGACCCUCGCGAGGAGAUGGAACUUGAUGGUAUUGGCGGUGUCAGCAUUCUCGUAAAGGCUGAUGUCCACCGUGCAGGCAUCAACUUCCCCAGCUACGCUUUCGAGAACCAAGCCGAGACCGAGGGCUUCGCCAAGAUGGCCAAGCGAGCUGGCUAUGAAGUCAUUGGCCUUCCGAACUAUGUUGUCUGGCACAUUGACACAGAUGAGAAGGGCGGCAAUGCCUAA